AUCCGGAUGAAGGCCACAGCAUCGAAAUACGUGUUCGAGAUCCAGAGGCUUGUUGUAUAACCCGCCGUGGAGGUGAACAGGAAGUGCCAGUUGCAUACCACGUGUCCAAAGAAGCAUCAAGUCAAGCCACAGAGAAUCACAAAGAGACUCAUCAGACAGAACUGAAAAGGACAGCGUGGACCCCGUCCUUCAUGGGUCUGCCUCUCACGCAGCAACAAAGCCACGCACGAUCAUGGGAGGCCAAGAGACCGGAGCCCCUGAGGACGUGCACCCGCCCAAUCCGACUCGGACUGUCCAAGAGAGCCAAGCCCAAAUCCCUGCACCGUUUCCACCCGUGCAAAUGAGCCCAAAAAAAUGUUCACAGGGAGCAUUUCUCAGCCGCAGUCCGUUCCAUGUUGUGUCAUUGUGUGAGUGUUGCGAGGGCGUGGUCAGCGCUGUGACUGAAAGCUGGACGGACCGAGUUACCAAGGUCGCCGAAAAGGGCUACUCACGUACUUUUUCAUUUAUUACCUGCUUCAACAACUCCGUAAAGACACAAAAGGAGAAGGACAACACGGAUGAUAUUGACGGCAACCUGAGGUCCUGCACCAGAGAAGAUGCGCAGCCCACAGAAGGAGAGUGUGAAGUUUGGAACCAGGUGAACGCCGUCCUUCAGGACUCCGAAAGCAUCCUGUCGGGUCUGCAGGCGUACAAAGGAGCCGGACAGGAGAUCAGAGAUGCAAUCCAAAACCCAAGUGACUUCAUGCUUCAGGAACGAGCCUGGAACUCGGUGUGCCCUCUGGUCAUCAAACUCAAGAAGUUCUACAGUUUCUCUCUGCGACUAGAGGAGGCUCUAGGGAGUUUGUUGGAGUCCCUGACAUGUCCACCCUGCACCCCCACCCAGCACCUCGAAAAGGAACAGGCGCUGGCCAAACAGUUUGCAGAAAUCCUCCACUUCACGCUGCGCUUCGAUGAGCUCAAGAUGAGGAUUCCCGCCAUCCAGAAUGACUUCAGCUACUACAGAAGAACCAUCAGUCGAAACCGGAUCAACAACAUGAAUCUGGAUAUUGAAAACGAAGUGAAUAACGAGAUGGCCAAUAGGAUGUCUCUGUUUUACGCCGAGGCCACGCCGAUGCUAAAAACGCUCAGCAAUGCAACCACAAACUUUGUGACCGAGAACAAAACUCUUCCGUUGGAGAACACGACGGACUGCCUGAGCACCAUGGCCAGCGUCUGUAAAGUCAUGUUGGAGACACCGGAAUAUUCAAGUCGUUUCAGCAGCGAGGACACUCUCCUAUUCUGCAUGAGGGUCAUGGUCGGCGUGAUCAUUCUCUAUGACCACGUCCACCCCAACGGUGCCUUCAACAAGUCCUCCAAGAUCGACAUGAAAGGCUGCAUAAAAGUGCUGAAGGACCAGCCCGCAGACAACGUCGAAGGCCUGCUCAAUGCCCUCAAAUUCACCACAAAACACCUGAACGACGAGUCCACUCCCAAAAACAUCCGGUCGAUGCUCCAGUAAUUUGAAAAUGUUUCAAAAUGAAGAGGAUGGAUGCUCUGACCUCAAAUAAGAUGUACUGUACAUGUUUACAUUAUUUAAAAACACUUUGCAUAUGGUCCUUCUCUCCGGGUUAAAGGUGCACACUCGACGACAGGAACAUUUCCCGCUUCGAUCAUUAACAGCUGAGAAAGCUUUUCUCACUCCUGUCAGCCUCACGUAAUCGGGGUUUCGUCUUAAAAUCUCCCACUUUUUUUUCCACGCGCUUCCUUAAACGCGCACAAAACGGUCAAAUAUUUGACUUGCCAUCCAAUCAAUUUGUGGACGGAAUGAGAUCAAUCAAAGACUUGGCGAGCUGCGGAGGGAGGUGAGGGGACCGGCGGCUUGUAUGAAUCGGCACAAGGAUUCUCACGUUCACGUUUUUUUUUUUUCUUUUUUUUUUGCCCCAUUCUGGAGUACAUGUUGAUGAUAUUUGAGAGGAUACGAUAGCGUGUACUCCACACAAUCAAUAAUGCGUGGCGCUUUACCCGAUUUGCUUCUUUUGUUUGCGUAAAAAAGAAAGUCAGGCCAAAAAUGUGUUUAAAUUAUGCUCGAUGUAUUUUUUUACCGAAACACCCCCUCCCCCCCUGCCCCCCUUCCCCCAAGAUUUGUGUUCUUAUUUCACUCUGGUUAAUAUAUUGAUCACUUUAGAAAGAUUUUUUUAUGCCUUGUCUGUGUGUGAGGGAAAGGAAUUAAUGUAUUUGUAAAUUAUUACCAAGAUUUUUUUUUUUUUUUUUUUUACGUUUUUAAUUUUUAUUCCGCUCCCGUCCCCCAACUGUCUUUUUAUUGCCUUAAAAAAAAACAUUUCGAGCUACUGUAACUGUCUUAAAACGGAUCUGCUGCGUCCAACGUCGUGUUGAUGGCAACUGUCAUUGAUCAUGGGGUCAUGACACCAACGCGUUCUUGGCAUUAUUUGCUGAUGGAGUGACUCGGAAUCAGCUCGGUUAUCAAGCCUUCUUUUAUCGCCCAUCCCAGCUGGUUCCGCUAACAUUGCAUCAGGGUGCUUCCUCAAACGAGACUGGACAAUCACGUCAUUGGUGAUUCAUUUAAAUUCUGUGAUUUUUGUAACGAUCUGACUCGAUUGCCAUUUCAAAAGCCGAAGUCAAUUGAAUCGCGGUGUUUGUAAUAAUAUGUUCUGUGCGAGCGUCAUGCCGCCGAAGCCAGAAAACGGGUGAGCCGCGACGUUCGCAAUCUGAGCCCGUGGGCACUGUGACUUCAAUUUCGGUCGACAGCAGGGGGCAGUAGGGAGACAAAUAGCAGCCCUAAAGGUGGAUGGAAACGGCUGCAUUUCUCUGCUUAGUUUCUCCAAACGGAUGCCAUGUUUGAACUGGUGGCGGCAUGUCGAACAUAUUAUUGCAAAGAUUUCUUUUUUUUUUUUUUUUUACUUCCGCCUUCAGCCUUAAAGAGCAAGCAUCACGAAACACCCAAAAAUGGGAAUUACAUUUGACUGAAGCUACACUGUACCCGUUUAUGAUUCAAUUCUAAGUCACUGAACAUUCGGAUGUCUCGUUCAUUUUGGACGCCGUCUUGCGCGAUGUCAUUUGGAUGCGGACAUAUGAGCCAUACUUUUUGGAUUUGAUGUAUCGUGUUCAUCUGCGUCGUGACAAAGGUGUAGCUUUUGUCGUCACGAUCGCGAGACUUACCAAAAUAUCUCCUGUGGGCCCUUGAUGUGCUGCUGUGUUGAAUGCAGGACUGGGUCAAAACAUGUUUGUUGGGUUUUUUUUUUCCUUUGGGCGGGAGGGGGGGGGGGGGUAAAGCGUUUGUGGAUUUGUUUAUGAAGUCAAUUGAGUCGGCUUUGUAUUGUUUUGCUGAAUGGGUUGUGUGAAUUGGAUAAUAAAGGUGGUACAUUUCAUA